AUGCUGUUUGCUGAUAAUGUUAGAAAAAUUAUCAGUGGGGAUACCACCGAUCCGGAUGCCAACGGUGCGAAUAUAUUUGAAGAUCCAAAUAACCGUCCCGUCGCCGUGAGCUCGAUCAUUCAGCAUUCCAGCGACGUAGCAAAAUUUCACCCUUCAUCCCAAUUGCCAAACGAGGCCGCCCCCAAUCUUGAAGAGUUUAUAGAGAAGGUCUCCAUCCUCCGUGGUUUUGCGGUUACCAACUAUCACAGUGAUAGAAUUCGUCAUAAUGGCGAUAUCCAAACACUCUUGAAAGAUGUCAACAAAGUCUAUCUACGCGGCCAUGACAAAGAGCAAAAAAAAACCACAAGCAAGAUCUUAGGUGGGCUCUUGUCGCAUGAGCGCUCUGGCGAGCGCAGUUACAUUGUUUCCCAUCUAGCCAUCGAUAACCUGGGCACCAAUGCUCAUCUGAAGCUUCAUCUGCUGGCUAUCAAACAAAACGUUGACAACGACAAUAAGCGCUUAGUCAAGUUGACGCAGGAUCCCGCCCUGGUGACCGUCACUGAAUCCACGGUGAACCGCGGAUUUCUGGGAUUCAACGCAGAGCAGCUUGGCAAAAAGAUCUCGCGUGCCGAGAUUAAAGAUGUUUUGGAAGAUUUGACUACCCCACAUUGCAUUCUGCUCUCUUAAAGCGCAAAAUGGCGGCUUGUUCUCUGGCAUUGAAAAAAACAUAUACAGCGAAUAUUCUGCAUGUCGAAUAAAAAUAAAGUAGUUCCUUUAUUAAUCUAAGUAUUGUGUCGAUGUGUUCUUCCUAAAGUUGACUCAGUCAGUCAAACCGGUCAUCCUUGUAUCAUGCAAACAUCAAAUAAUCGGCAAAUUUAGCGUGCUUUUUAAAGAUGCGG